UCUCUGUGUGAUUACUCCACUCCUGUCUGGUUCUAGGUCUCUGUGUGAUUACUCCACUCCUGUCUGGUUCUAGGUCUCUGUGUGAUUACUCCACUCCUGUCUGGUUCUAGGUCUCUGUGUGAUUACUCCACUCCUGUCUGGUUCUAGGUCUCUGUGUGAUUACUCCACUCCUGUCUGGUUCUAGGUCUCUGUGUGAUUACUCCACUCCUGUCUGGUUCUAGGUCUCUGUGUGAUUACUCCACUCCUGUCUGGUUCUAGGUCUCUGUGUGAUUACUCCACUCCUGUCUGGUUCUAGGUCUCUGUGUGAUUACUCCACUCCUGUCUGGUUCUAGGUCUCUGUGUGAUUACUCCACUCCUGUCUGGUUCUAGGUCUCUGUGUGAUUACUCCACUCCUGUCUGGUUCUAGGUCUCGUUGUGAUUACUCCACUCCUGUCUGGUUCUAGGUCUCUGUGUGAUUACUCCACUCCUGUCUGGUUCUAGGUCUCGUUGUGAUUACUCCACUCCUGUCUGGUUCUAGGUCUCUGUGUGUCCUAACAGGAGACAUCUUGUUAAUCUAACAUCUUGGUGUGUGGUGUGCUCUGUAGAUAUGGGCUGCAUUCUACUGGAUGUCAUCUGUGGCAAGAUUCAGAGAAAACCAUGAGCAGCGGUGUGAACAUCAAGACCAUAUCCCAGGCCCAACCAAGCUCAGGUCUGGUCUCUGGUAUCCCCCUUCCCCAGAGGAUAACCCCCCUCUCCAAACUGGACCCCAAACAUCAGGGGGGCAGCGCCCUAUCUAACUCCACAGCACAGUUUCAACUCAGCACCAAAAUGCAUCCCUCCUACUCUUCAUCAUCUUCAUCCUUUUCAAAUGAACUGCUGAGUAGUGCAGCUUUGAGGGGUGGUAUCUGUCCCACUGGCUCCUCCUCCAGAGUCUCCUAUGCCCCAGAGAGAGGCACCAUCAGCCGGUCAGCCUACAGCAGCCCCCAGGUCCCCAAGAGACAGACACCACCACCACGCUCCAAGGACACCCUGGACCUCCGCAGCAGCAAUGCUUUAUCCCAGAAGGCUUUUCGAGAACUUCACACCAGGAGAAAUGCCAAUGGGAACUGGGCCUCAGGCGGGGUUCGCCACAGCCGUCUGGACGAUAAUGGAGAUGCGCAGGAUGCCCUGUCGAAGCUCUCUGGUGGUGAUCUCCACUCAGGCCAAAGCAGGCUCUCCAACACUAAAACAGGGAACGGGAAUCUGAUCAGCGCUGUGUUGAUGACCACCCGUCAGGAGCAGAGGGAGCCGAGGAACCUCUCCUGCCAUGGCAUGAUCGCUCCUAAAAAAGACAUGUCCAACAACAAACAUAGAGCGUCCCAUCUGAGCCAGAGUGGUGGUGGUGGUACCAGGCAGACAGUCAGUGUGCCACGCAGAGGGAGUGAGCCAGCCCGUAGUAACAUGGCCACUGUGGCACCUUUCAGGUUCAGGUUGAAUGUCCAGGAUGAUGAUGCCUCUUCUCUGGAGGACCUGAGUGACUGCUCCUCUGACUCCAUGGAGGUGUGCUGUGAUGACCUGGACCCAGAGUCUCAGAGGAAACGUACGGUGCAGAACGUCCUUGACCUCAGACAGAACCUGGAAGAUACCAUGUCCAGUCUACGGGGAGCCCAACUCAACCAUGGCUGUCUGGACAGCAGUACUGUUUGCUACGACAGUGACGAGACGAACGGCCGCAGCAUGUCCAGUCAGUCCAACCGCUCCUCUCCUCUCUCCUGGCGCCAUGGCCAAUCCAGCCCCCGGAUGCAGGCUGGAGACGCUCCUUCUUCCACGGGCAGCGGUGGGUACCAGGGGGGCAAGGCCGGGUCCCAGUACACGGCCCACACAAUGCCCGCCCGAGUCUCCAGCCGUUUCAGCCACUCCUCCCGAAUGGAGCUCAUCGAAGGGCUGGAUGUGGAUGAUGCGGACCUCAAGUCUGGUUACCUGAGCGACACCGACCUGCUGGGCAAGAGCAUGCCAGAGGAUGACGAUGACAACCUGGCCAAUGGCUGGGAAGAGAGCAGCUCCAUCAGCAGUGGGCUCAGUGAUGGCUCUGUAGACAACCUCAGCUCCGAGGAGUUCAACGCCAGCUCCUCCCUCAACUCUCUGCCCACCACACCCCUCGGAUCCAGACGCAAUUCCUCUGUCAUGCUCCGCACCGAUGCUGAGAAGCGCUCCCUGGUGGAAAGUGGCCUGUCCUGGUACAGUGAGGAUGCCAAGGCCGCACGCAAGAUGGACGGGGGCAGCUACGAAACUGGGAGCCUCAAGACCGAGACCCCCAGCAAGUGGAGGAAGUCCUCGAGACCCAUGGAGGGUGCUAGUGAGGAUGCAGGGGUCAAAGGGGAACUGAGGAAGCCCCAGAUCCUGGGACAGCCAGGGAACUUUAAUAAGAAGGGGCGCCACCCUCCUGUGGGCGUGACCUCACCCAUUACCCACACCUCUCAGAGCGUGCUCAAAGUGGCAGCACCAAAGAGUGACCACAGGGCGGUGGACAAGACAAAGAUGUCUGUGAAGGCUGCUGGGCUGCAGCGAUCUCGUUCUGACGCCGGGAGGGAUCAUCUUCCGCAGCACCGGGAACUCCGCAAGCCCCCAUCCGGCCUGGUCAAGCCCUCUGCCGGGGCCUCGUUCGGCUACAAGAGGCUCCCGACCACCAGCACCGCCACCGUAAUGACAGCAGGGGGCAGUACCAUCUCUAGUGGCUCUGCCACCUUGGGCAAGAUGCCCAAGUCUUCUGGCAUCCCAGUGAAGCCUCUGGGAGUUGGAGGAGGAGGAAGAGGGGGACGUAAGAAUAGCUUUGACGCCACCGGCAGUGAGGAGGGGGGCUUCCUGGGGCCCAGCGCCCGUAACAGCCUCCAGUACCGCAGCCUGCCACGCCCCGCCAAGUCCAGCACCCUCAGCCUGAUCGGCCGCCCAGGGUCGGCCCGGCCCGCCAGCAGCAGCAUGGACCCCGGCCUGCUCAGCCUGAAGCCUGUCUCCAUGGCCUGCCCCAGCCCUAGGGGGAAAGAGACUGGCAGUGGAAGCACUAAGGGGGCCAGUCGAGGAGGGAGCACAGGCCCUGUCAACCAGACAGACCGGGAGAAGGAGAAGGAGAGGGCUAAGGCCAAGGCAGUGGCGUCUGAUAUGGGCUCCCUGUGUGGCUCUCUGAAGAUUGCAGACUGUCAGGGUGAUUCUACUGGGGAGGCUAGCGCCAAACUGCAUGGGCUGCGUAGGGCCAGCAGCAGCAAAUACCCUGAGCUCUCAUCACCCACCACUCAGAGGAUGCUGAGCUGCAAAUCUCUGGGUCGGCCUCCCAGCCUGGCACACAUGGACAAGGUCAACUCCAACAGCCUGGACUCGUGCGUGACCAUUCAGGACCUCCCUCCUAAAGUGCCCCCCUACUCCAAGCUCCAGGACCUGGCUGGGUCCGUGCCACGCAGCACCAUCCCCCGGGGCCUCACCCCCAGCCCAGCACCCAUCCUGCACCUCGACUCCCCCAGCUGCUACCCCAGCCAGACCCUGUCCAUGGGCGGCUCUCCGCUGCUCUACCCCAAACUGUCUGGCCUACACCGCAGCAUGGAGUCACUUCCCCUCACCAUGAGUGUUCCUCCCAGUGGAGGAUAUAUCCGGGCAGAGUCCAGAGACAGGGACAGGGACAGCUACAGAGACAGGGAGGAGACGAGGAGCACGGGGACCUGGGGUGCUGGGAGCAGGACCUCCCUCAAUCUCCCAGACAGUUUGCAAACAGACAGGAACACCUUACCCAAGAAAGGAUUAGGGUAUGUCAAUCGCUACAGCUCUGGUCUGUCAGAGGAUCAGUCGGAGGGGAAGGAGAGGCGUCACUCUCACACCGCAGUGAGCCUGAUGGAAAGCGAAAGCCCCCCUCAGCUGCCAUCGCCCACCCACAUUCCCCACCUCUCCUCUGGCAAGGCUGUCCUCACUAACGUGGUUGCCCCCAUACCGAGCGGUGCCCCCAGGAUAACCCGCUCCAACAGUAUCCCCACCAACGACAUGGCCUUCGACCUGUAUGGCACCUCUCCACUGGGCAGCACCAUGUCACUGGCCGACCGGCCAAAGAGCAUGAUGCGCUCUGGAUCCUUCCGCGAGCCUGGGGAUGACUGUGAGACAGCUAGCACAUUCCAUGGCUCUGUCCUCUCCUUGGCAUCAAACACUUCAUCCAACUAUUCCUCGACCGAGGAGCGGAUACAAGGAGAGCAAAUCCGCAAGCUGAGACGUGAGCUGGAGAACUCCCAGGAAAAAGUGGCCAACCUGACUACCCAGCUGUCUGCCAACCUAGGACAGGCUAAUUUGGUAGCAGCGUUCGAGCAGAGCCUGCAACUGAUGACGUCACGUCUACAGACCUUGUCGGUCAGCCAGGAGCAGAAGGUACCGGACUCUGAGCUGACUGAUCUGAAGGAGACCAUAGAGAUUCUAAAGACGAAGAACACAGAGGCCCAAGAUAUCAUCCAUGUGGCCCUCAGCAACCCUGAAAUCCCUCCUGAAGAGCUUCAGAUGAAGAGGCAGAACUCGUCCGAGAGCAUCUCCAGCCUGAACAGUAUCACCAGCCACUCCAGCUUGAGCAGUCUGAAGGAGCAGGAGGCCAAGAAGAAGAAGAAGAGCUGGCUGAGAAGUUCCUUCAACAAGGCGUUCAGUAAGAAGGGUUCAAAGCUCUCUGCUUCGUACGCUGACAUCGAGGAGAUCGCCACUCCAGAUUCCUCUGCUCCCUCCUCUCCUAAGAUCACCAUCCACCACGGGGACAGGGAUGGGGACGGGGACAACCCUCCCUCCGUGAUGAGGUCCUCUGUCUCUGCAUCCUCCUCUGGGCUGUGUGAAGGAGGCGAGGAUCCCCCGCAGGAUGAGAAGGUUGUGUCUACGUUGCGCUCGGCCCUCUGGGAGAAGGAGAGGAAGCUGACCGACAUCCGCCUGGAAGCCCUUAGCUCCGCCCACCAGCUGGAGCAACUGCAGGAGGCCAUGAACAACAUGCAGAUGACAGUGGAGAACCUGAAGGCAGAGAAUGACCAGUUGAAGACAGGCGGUCCCUCAACCUCCACCUCCCAGUCCUCCAGCUUGGCAUCACUGGGCACUGCCUCGCCACGUCAAUCUGUUGCCAUAUCUCUGACCAAGACCUUAAGCAUGAGCCUGGGAGAGGGCAGCUCCCCUGACCUGUUCCAGACAGAAGCCGCCAGUCUCCCCUCUCACAGAGAUGACCCACGCGUCAGAGUGGUGGUUCGUGUGGCCAACCUGCGCAUCUUCAAAGAUGAGGUGAAACAGCAGGACUUCUUCAUCGGUACUGUGAGGGUUAACGGCAGAAUGGACUGGCCUAUGUUGGAUUCGGCUGUCGGACAGGCUUUUAAGGUGUACAUAGCCAAGGUGGACCCCACCUCCAGUCUGGGCCUGUCUACAGACUCCAUCUACAGCUACAGUAUGAACCACAUCAGGAGGGUGCUGGGAGGAGAGUUGCCAGAGAGCCAACCCUCACACUGUGUAUCCAAGGGGCCCAGCGGCGUCACUGUUACACUCAAAGGUCUGAAGGAAAAGUGUGUGGACAGCCUGGUGUUUGAGACGCUCAUCCCCAAGCCCAUGAGCCAGCACUACAUCAGCCUGCUGCUGAAGCACCGCCGCCUCAUCCUGUCUGGGCCCAGCGGCACCGGCAAGACCUACCUCACUUCCCACCUGGCAGAGUACCUGGUGGACCGCAGCGGCCGAGACCUCACCGACGGCAUCGUGGUCACCUUCAACAUGCACCGCCAGUCAUGCAAGGAUCUCCAACUCUACCUGUCCAACCUGGCCAAUCAGAUCGAUCGGGAAACCAGCACAGCUGAAAUCCCAUUGGUGGUUAUCCUGGAUGAUAUACAUGAUGCCACGUCCAUCAGUGAGCUUGUCAAUGGGGCCCUCACCUGCAAAUACCACAAAUGUCCUUACAUCAUUGGAACUACCAACCAGCCAGUGAAGAUGACCCCGAACCACGGCCUGCACCUCAGCUUCAGGAUGGUGACCUUCUCCAAUAACGUGGAGCCAGCCAAUGGCUUCCUGGUGCGUUACCUGCAUAGGAAGUUGAUGGAGGCGGAGGACGAGAGGAGCCUGGCCAACGAGGACCUCCUCAGGGUGCUGGACUGGGUACCCAAGCUGUGGUACCACCUGCACACCUUCCUGGAGAAACACAGCACCUCUGACUUCCUCAUCGGCCCGUGCUUCUUCCUGUCCUGUCCUGUGACUGUGGAGGAGUUCCGCUCCUGGUUCAUUGACCUGUGGAACCUCUCCAUUAUCCCCUACCUGCAGGAAGGAGCCAAGGAUGGCAUUAAGGUGCAUGGUCAGAAGGCAGUGUGGGAGGACCCAGUGGAGUGGGUAAGGGGCACCCUACCCUGGCCCUCAGCCCAACAAGACCAGGCCAAGCUGUUCCACCUGCCUCCCCCCAGCAUGACCUCUGGAGGCCCCGGCCAGCUGAGCGAGGCCUCAGCCAGGCCUCUUAAUAAGGAAACCCCACCCAGCUCCAUGGACACCCUGGACCCUCUGAUGGCGAUGUUAUUGAAGUUGCAAGAGGCAGCCAACUACAUUGAAUCUCCAGACAGAGAAACAAUGGACCCCAGCCUCCCUACACUUUGAACAUCAACUUCAUCUGUAGACUCAAAACCUAGUACUUCAAAUAGCCCUACUUCUUUCCCCUAUGUGAACUUCAGUGUAUAAAAUUCAGGAACAAAAACUUUCCAAUAUAGUUUUCUGCUAAUUUUCUAACUUAUCUUGAACCUUAGCAAAAAACAAUCAUCCUCCGUAUGGUUGGUUGAUUGAGAAGCUGUUUUGUUAUGUUGUUUUGAAACUUUGUUCAAUCAUGCCAAGUCAUUCCAAAAGACAUAUAGCGAUGUUUAGAUUUUCUAUUUCUGUCGAUUUUUCUUGAGGUUAUAUUCACACUAUAAAGUGUCUUUCUCUUCACAGAAGACGUAUCUCUAUCACUUCUGCCCUCAAUAGAAACAGGUGCUAAUUAUCUAGAUAAUAAGUAUUACUCUUUAGAAAUUCAUCCUCAUCUCUCAUUGGUCUAAGCAGGUGAUUCUUCCAACAGCACAUUUAAAAGACAAAAAAAGCACAUUCUUGCUUAUCUGCUUUUGCUCAACAACAGCAACAUGGCCUGCAAUGUGUCUGUAAAAUCAAGUCAGUUUGAAACCUGUUUUCGGCUUAUUGGAAAGAGUAUGACGGCAUGUUGUUGGCAUGUCAGGUUGUGUAGUGUCCUGGUCCUGAAUACAUAUCUAUCUAUCACUCUUUGAAGGCCAAAUCUUAGACAUAUGCAACUGUUAUACAUAACCAGGUGAACUGUUUUGACUCUGUGCUCUAACAAACUGAAUGCCUUAAUUAAUACAUCUAUCCCUGAUGGUCACCUCGAGAUGGACAGCAGUAUUCAAUCGUGGUGCUUUGCUUUCAUCACCAUCGCCUCAGAGCAGACGAGUGCGAGGACAUUCACUUGUCCCUCCCUCACAUGGUUCUGGGGUCACAUGGUUCCGGGGUGAUUUUAAAUGUCAUCUAACUAUAUUUGACAGAUAACUAUGUUGCAGGUAGGGUAGAUGGCGAUGAUCAGGGUUUCUUUGUCAAGUGAGAAAAUAUAGGUUUGAACAGAGCAGAACACAGAAACACAAUUAUUUCCUAUGGUUAAUAUCUUUCAUUAUCAUUCACGGCAAAAUCUGUGCAAAAUUACAAACGCUGUCAUACUCAUUACUAAAACAGGAGGGAAAAUCAGUACAUACUAAUCUCAGCUUCUGUGGUACUAGUUCAUUGGUUUGUUGCAGGCAGCAUACAUUAUAUUUAUUUGACUGAACAUAUAUUUGAAAUAUAACUACCUGUUUUGAAGAAAUAAGGCCAUGACAAUACUACUUUCAUAUAAAUCAGGUAUUACUAAGAAAGUUAUUUUGUAUGAAUAAUGCUUGAGCAACUGCUAUUUGCUUAUAGCUUAGAUAUUUCUCAACUUCUAUUUUUAAGAUGGUGAGGUAUCAUCUAAUAUAUUCCACGCAAUUAUCCAAUAUAGUUACUGUGCUCAAUUCUUUAUGUAGAUAUUGAUUUCAGUUUUAUCUACACUAGUUGCAUGGUAUAUCUUAUAUGCUGAACCAAAUAUUUUACGGUAAUCUUGCAUAUUGACUGUCUGGUUAGGGGUCAGAGCAUAAAAGUGCUUAAAAGAAUGAACAUGUAGAUAUUUUCCUCAAUAUGUUGGCCAUGUAACAUUGCAGAUCAUUUAGGUGCUUUUGAAUGUAGACGUUUUACAAAGCUACUCUCUCAUUCCUUGCAAAAACAUGUUUUUAGACCUACACCAAGAUGGGUGAGUGAACGGGUGAGUUCUCUGUUGCACCCCACAAACCAUUGUAAUCAGACACAGGUUAACAAUCUUACAUCUAUUGUAGCUGCCAAUGGUGCUGUCCACUUUUUGACUGGUAAUAUUGCUUUGCUCAUCUUCGGUUUAGUUAAUGACAAUUCAGACACAGCAUAAAAUGGAUGAUAAAUCUAUUUGCUCAUCAGCAAUGAUCAAGGGCCAUUUCCCAGUUCAGAGUCAUACAUAUAGGAAGAUAAACGUAUGAAAAUAAUGAAAUUGUAAAGUAGCGUGGGUUACAUUAGUGUUUUCAAAGAUACAUCUGGCCAUACUGACUGAUGCUGAAACAAUGUAGGAGAAUGUCUCUGUUUUGGUCUCUUCACAUUAAUAAUGUAUAAUCUCUUGAUCAUAAGUCACCUGUAUAUAAACUGUGAAAUUAAUGUUCAAUUGCUUUCUUUGUACAAUAGUUAUCACAAGAGAAAUAAAUUUAGCAAACUAUUAAAGGUUAUUAUUAAGCAAAGUGGAACUAAACCACCAUGAUUACGUUAAAACAUGGUACUUUUUUGUUGUUUUGCUUUAGCAUCAAACUGUUAAUCAAAUCAAUGACAUCAAACUAAGUCCAAAGUUCAUCUGAUGACAUCAAACUAUUAAUGAGUCCAAAGUUCAUCUGAUGACAUCAAACUAUUAAUGAAC